CAAUAAUGAUAAGACCAAUAAAUGAAUAUGAAAAAUGUUACAACGAAAUUAAAAUAAUUGGGAGAGGUUAAUUUGGUAACUAGAAACAAUUAACAUUUUAGGAAUUGUUUAUUUAAUUUAGCAUAAAUAAAACAUGAAGGAGUAUGCAGCAAAAAAAAUAAAUGGUGAAUGCUAGAAUUCAGAAUUAGAUAUUUUACUUAAAUUAAAACAUCCAAAUGUUAUAAAUGUCUAUGAAUGUUUUAGAGAUUAAAAUUCAACAAUUAUUGUGAUGGAUCAUUGUUAAAGUAUAUAUUUAUUAUUUAAAUAUAGAGGGAGAUCUAUGGAAUAUGAUAUAGUAUAGAAUUAUUGAAGGAAAAAAUAGAGGAUACACCUAAAAGAUUGUUGAAUAAUGGCUUGUAUAAUUAUUAAUGGGAUUGGCUUAUAUACAUGAAAAUAAUAUAUUACAUAGAGAUUUAAAGAGUUCUAAUAUUCUAAUAAGGGAAGAUGGAUAAUUAAAAAUUGCAGAUUUUGGUGUUGCCAAAGUAAUUUAAUGAUUUAUUAUUAGAUUUUGUCAGGAGAUUAAAUGGCUAAAACAAUAACUGGUAGUCCAUUCUAUUUAUCACCAGAAAUCACUUAAGGAUUAGAUUAUUCAUACUCUUCAGAUUUAUGGUCACUUGGUUGCAUAUUAUUUGAAAUGUGUACUUUGAAAAGAGCUUUUGAUGGACAAUAAUUUGAUUAAGUACUUUAAAAUAUACAGCAGAGAAAAUUAUAAUAGGAAAUAUUAAUUUAGGAUUUUUAAAAUUAAACAUCUUAAGAAACUAGAUAAUAUAGUUUAGAAUUAGUUAAUUUAAUUUAAUCACUUCUAAAUAUAGAUCCAUCAAAAAGACCUUAGGCUAAAGAACUUCUUAGAUCUUCUUAUAUAGCUAAAAUUGUAUUGCAAAGUUUUGUUUAAAUAAAUACUAAAUAGCAAGAUAUUCAAAAAAUUGGUCAGGUUACUAUGAUUUAGAAAAAAGCCCAUGAUAAAUAUUAAAAAUAAAUGAGUUAUGUUAAAUAACUUUUAGGAAACUCUAAAGAUUCAAUCAAUGCUUAAUCAUAAGUAUAAGAAUGUGAUUCUCAUGUUGAAAAUUUUUUUGUAAAAAAAUAAACAACUAUUUGA